AUGGCGGAGCCCCCCGCGCCUCCCGCCUCCGUCGGGGGCUCCCAGCGGCUGCUUUUCACGCACGACCUGGUCUCGGGCCGGUACCGGGGCUCGGUGCGCUUCGGCCUGGUUCGCGUCAUGCACGGCGAGGACUCCGACUCGGAGGAGGACGAGGGAGGACGAGGCCCCGGCGGCGGCGGCGGCAGUGGGGGAGGCGGCGGCCCCGGCGGCGGCGGCGCGGGCAGCUCCGGCGGUUCCGAGUCGGGAGGCCCCUGCGGAGGUGAGGAGAGCCGCGGCAGCCCCCUCCGCCGCGGCUACGUCCGCGUCCAGUGGUACCCGGAGGGCAUCAAGCAGCACGUCAAGGAGACCAAGCUGAAACUUGAAGAUCGGUCAGUGGUACCUCGGGAUGUCGUCAGGCAUAUGGGCUCACGGGACAGCCAGUGUGGGACCGUUGUUGAUGUAAACAUAGAGUGCGCCGUAAAACUAGUGGGAACCAACUGUAUCCUUUAUCCCAUCAACAGCAAAGAUCUUCAGAAUAUAUGGCCAUUCAUGUAUGGUGACUGCAUAGCCUAUGACUGGUGGCUAGGAAAGGUGUAUGACUUAAAGAACCAGAUCAUUUUGAAGCUCUCCAAUGGAGCCAGGUGUUCCAUGAGUACAGAAGAUGCAGCAAAACUCUAUGAUGUCUGUCCCCAUGUUAGUGACUCGGGCCUCUUCUUCGAUGACUCGUAUGGCUUUUAUCCUGGACAAGUUCUGAUUGGUCCCUCAAAAGUCUUCUCAAAUGUGCAGUGGCUUUCAGGGGUAAAGCCUGUACUCAGCACAAAGAGCAAGUUCAGGGUUGUGGUGGAAGAGGUUCAAGUGGUAGAAUUAAAAGUUACUUGGAUCACGAAAAGCUUCUGCCCUGGAGGUACAGAUAGUAUAAGUCCACCACCUUCUGUAAUCACACAAGAGAAUUUAUCUAGGGUAAAACGUUUGGGAUGCUUUGACCAUGCUGAGCGGCAACUUGGGGAAAGAUGUCUCUAUGUAUUUCCUGAGAAAGUGGAGCCUGCAAAGAUCACAUGCGAGUGCCCAGAGAGAAACUGUGUUCUGGGAGAAGGAUCUGUUGCUAAAAAGAUGGCCUGUCUUUGUAUCGUAUCCAACGUAAAGCCUGAAAAGGUAAGAAGAUUAUUGAAGAAGCAGAUAGUGAAGAUUAUGUCGUGCUCCCCGGAUUCUCAAGGUACCACUGACCUCCCUGACGGAGAAUCGGCUGCUGGUGGCGAUCAACAAUCUGAAGAUCUUAAAGACAGCUCGAAAUGUGAACUCGAAGAUUCUGCCAACGGUGCUGUAAGACUACAAGAGGUAAAGGAAAAACGCCUUGACGAAAUAGGGAAGGGCAUCACCUGCGAAGCUGCUGGACUGCAGCUGCAACCACCGUUCGUGCUGAAGAGAGAUGACCUCUCCUCUGACUACAAGCUGCAAUCGCUAGAGCAGGAUGCUGACGAUGAAGCCGCAGACGACACCGAUGAUACCAGCUCCGUGACAUCUUCUGCCAGCUCCACUGCCUCUUCUCAAAGCGGCAGCGGCACGGGUCGCAAGAAGAGCAUCCCGCUCUCCAUCAAAAACCUCAAGCGGAAACAUAAAAAAAAGAAAACCAAAGUUUCCCGGGAGUUUAAACCAGGUGACAGGGUUGCUGUAGAAGUGGUGACCACAAUGACUUCAGCUGAUGUGAUGUGGCAGGAUGGCACCGUGGAGAAAAACAUUCGUUCCAAUGAGCUGUUUCCCGUCCAUCACUUAGACAACAAUGAGUUUUGCCCUGGAGAUUUUGUGGUGGAUAAACGAGCACAGAGUUCUCUGGAUCCUGGUAUGUAUGGAGUAGUGCAGUCAGGAGACCAUGUUGGCCGCACCUGCGUGGUAAAAUGGUUCAAGUUGAAACCCAGUGGGGAUGAUGUGGAGCUUAUUGGGGAGGAGGAAGAUGUCAGUGUGUAUGACAUUGCUGAUCACCCAGACUUCCGCUUCCGCACGACUGAUUUUGUAAUCCGCAUUGGCAAUGCUGAGGAUAGCGCAUCAGUCAAUGAAAAUGAGCCAUCAGUGGGACAGGUGGCCCGUGUGGAUUUCAGCAGCAAAGUAGAAGUUGUGUGGGCUGAUAACUCCAGGACAAUUGUUCUGCCACAGCACUUAUACAACAUAGAAUCCGAGAUGGACGAAGAGACCGACCUUGAUUCCAUAGACGGCAGCACGAGUGGCGCCUCCUCGGAUGAAUGGGAGGAUGAGAGCGACAGCUGGGAGACAGACAAUGGCCUUAUGGAGGAGGACCAUUCAAAAGCGGAGGAGGCGGAGCCUGAGGAGCCUCCACCUGUGGAAGAGGUGAAGAAGGUGGAAGAGCAAGUGCAAGGUGCCGUGGCGAUGGCAGUUGCUGACCUAGCGGCAGAUAAGUCUGGCAAAGAAGGAACGCCGAAAAGUUUCCGAGAGCUGAAAGAGGCCAUUAAGAUCUUGGAGAGCCUGAAGAACAUGACAGUGGAGCAGUUGCUGACUGGCUACCCAACCUCUCCAACAGUAGAACCUGAAAAGCCUACCCGUGAGAAGAAGUUCCUGGAUGACAUCAAAAAGCUGCAGGAGAAUCUGAAGAAGACUCUUGACAACGUAGCUAUUGUAGAGGAGGAGAAGAUGGAGGCAAUGGUGGAGGCAGAGAAGAAGGAAGAGAGAGAAGUGCAGACACAGACGCCAGUGGCGUCGGAAUGGCCAAGUGAGACUCCAGUGCUUUGCCAGCAGAGUGGCGGGAAGCCUGGAGUCACUUUCACCAGUGCCAAGGGGGAAGUAUUCUCUGUGCUGGAGGGUGCCCCAGAUAGUCAUGCCUUUAAGAAAAUGGAAUUCCAGCCUCCAGAAGCCAAGAAGUUUUUCAGUACAGUAAGGAAAGAAAUGGCUCUAUUAGCAACCUCACUGCCAGAUGGUAUCAUGGUCAAAACGUUUGAGGACAGAAUGGAUCUGUUUUCGGCACUAGUCAAAGGACCCACACGCACACCAUAUGAAGAUGGCCUCUUCUUAUUUGACAUCCAGCUCCCCAACAUCUAUCCAGCUGUCCCCCCUCUCUUCCGCUACCUCUCCCAGUGCAGUGGGAGACUGAACCCCAACUUGUAUGAUAAUGGAAAAGUCUGUGUAAGCCUUCUGGGGACGUGGAUAGGCAAGGGCACAGAGAGGUGGACCAGCAAAUCCAGCCUUCUCCAGGUGCUCAUCUCAAUCCAAGGGCUUAUCCUAGUCAAUGAGCCGUAUUACAAUGAGGCUGGCUUUGACAGUGACCGGGGCUUGCAGGAGGGCUAUGAGAACAGCCGCUGCUACAACGAGAUGGCCUUGAUCCGUGUGGUGCAGUCCAUGAUGCAGCUGCUGCGCAAGCCUGUGGAAGUCUUUGAACAGGAGGUCUAUGAGCACUUCUGCUGCAACGGCUGGCGCUUGGUCCACCGUAUCGAGUCCUGGGUGGAGACAAAUGAGCUGGUUGAGAGAAGCCAUGACCAAGCUAAUCUGGGGGAUUCCUGUUUUGUGCACUCAGCAUGCGGCCUUCUGGCUGAGAGCCCUGUAGACAGCACGGGGCCACUGGGUGAUCAAGAGGAGCUGGGGGCAGCCGCAGCCGCUCCCCCGCUGCCUGAAGGCAGAGAGGAGCUGGAAGACUCUGGUUGUGGAGCGUCAACGCUUACUUCGAGUGACACCCAUCAGUAUUCAGACUCGGAAAGCUUGGGUCAGGCCAGAGCAGCAGCACACUUUGCCAUAGACCUCACAGAUGAGAGUAAAGCCACUCAGGACUCUGCUUCCCAGCAGCCUAGUGUGAAACCAAAGAAAAGGAGAAAGAGCUACAGAAGCUUCCUCCCUGAAAGGAGUGGCUACCCCGACAUUGGGUUCCCCCUGUUCCCGCUAUCCAAGGGGUUCAUAAAGAGCAUCCGUGGUGUCUUGCAGCAGUACCGGGCUGCCUUAGUAGAGGCCAACAUCCCAGAGUGGACAGAAGACAAAUGAAACAUCAGGUGAUGGGGACAGACAGGCGCACAGAAAGGAAGGGGAAACAGGGAGGAUGAAACUAGCAAAAGUUGUCAACAAUAAAUAGACUGUGUCUCACUGCACCCAUUCCUCCUUGGCCUGGUUUGUUAUAGAGAAAGCAGAAGCUCCCAUAACUUACGUUAGGCUGGCUCUUCCCUUCUGCAUUCCAAAUGCACAGGAUGACUGAGCAUCUCUGCACAAACAACCCCCUGCCGUUGUUCUCUGUUUGCAUUUGAUCCCAAGAGAUAGGAACUAAGGCUUUUCUGUUGCAGACCUGAAGUUGUACGAAGUCUCUCCCUCUUCAUUUGAUCUUGUGGGUACUUGCUGUGUAUGGAGGAGGAGGAGUGGGGGGGGGGGGCGGUUUCCAACCUGAGAGCUGCUUGUUUUACUUCAAGGGAGGAAAAUGUAAUGCUCUGCUUGUUCCUCCUCCUCCAAGUUUACUAAAGCCAGGGGCCUGUUGAUUGCUCUGAGCACGCCACAUUUUAAUUCUGUUCCCUUUCCUGCAUACCGCUCUGUGAGCUGAAUGGAUCAUUUCCCCUGAGAAUAGUGGAGGACCGUGCUAGGCUUGGACUCCUACAUGAGACCAUUUAAGCGGUGAACAUAACCUGUUCCUUUUUUCCUGACUGCUGAGUCCAUUGGUAGGCCAUUUUGACACAGAACCUUAAGUGCUACAUGAGGCGUGCUUGAAAGCGGUCAGCAUUUGGGAAGCUUACUUUAGCUUCUGGGAAUCACUUGCUGUCUGUAUCAAGUAUACAGUUUCUUCUGAACAGAAUAGAUAUCUCCACUUUGCCUUGAUGGGGAAUAGUGUAUAUAGCAUAGCCUGCUAUUCUCCCGGAUACACUAACAAAUGGGUAUCCACUGAACCAUGUACACCAAGGUACCUCAGGAUGGCGCUCGAAAAAUUGCAUGGUGCAACCCACGUUUUUUUUCCCCACCUUCUGCUUUCACUAAUGGGUUUGCCAAGUAGGUGCUGACUCCAUGUCUUCACGAGUUCAUAUCAACGUUACAGCCACAAGCUUGUGCUCUGGUAGAUAAUAGGAUACUCUAGUCCAGCAGCCCUCAUUGAUAGCCACUGUUAAUUCCUGCCCCGUGUUCCUGAAAUGCAGCUUCUCUGAUAUGACAUGGUACCAUGGCAGAGCAGGUGCUAGAAACCACAGCCUUGUACUCUUUUUAUUCACAGUUUGUGGCACAUUCAUUUUUUGGUUCAGUGUUCCCACGCUGUCACAAGGCAUCCAUUUUGCACUUCCACUCUCUUGAUACUGACCUGAUGCCCUUCUUUCAUCCUCCUAGUAGGUGGACCUCAUUUGAGUUGCCAAGGAGGACGGUACAAGUGCUACUGGGUUACUCAGAUAUUAGUCAUCGUGCUGCCAAUGAAGAUGGGCUUUAUUCUCUGGUUGGGAGGCCACAGCACAAAUGUUUUUUUGUGGUCGACCCAGUCAUAAGUCUCAAGGGAUGCCCACGCUUGUAAAAGAGUAACUGAAGAAUUAAAGAUGGUGAAGCUACAUGUUAGGUGUAGCUUGAUGUUGUGGACACACUUUUUUUCUUCUCUUAAAGCAGCUGCUGGAACCGGCGGGGGGCUUUUUAGUCCUUCCCCUCAUUUUCUCCCUAGCACAGGUAAAAGUGCCUUGGGGAGAAAAGCUGCAUAAGUAUACACGUUUUCCCUUCACAAUCGACACAGGUGUUUUUUUCAGCAGUGGGGCGGGAUUUGUAUUCCCACCUUUCCCUGGGAAGUAUCAGCCAGGACACCUAUAAUUGGGGGGGGGGGGGGGGACAGCAGGCAGCAAAGGGUCUGUUCUUUGUCCAUAUAUGUUGCCACAGUCAUCCCGCUGUUGGGAGUUUGGUUCCUCAUCUCCCUAGGAGGCAAGCCGACCACAUCAUCAUGAAACACCAGAAACAUCAACAUCUCUAAAUGUCAGUCCCACUGUUGCCUUCUUAGCUUGACCAGAGGCUGUCCUUCUGUUUGGAGUAUGUUAGCAAGGUGGGAAUAGCCUCUGUACAGCUGUACAGAGCCUCUGUGCAGAACUGUACAGCUGCUUAUGCUAAUAUUGGCUGCAGGGAACUGAGCUAGAAGACUCUUCUUUUUUCCUUCUCCCCCCCCUUUUUUUCUUUUUGAAGUUCAAGGGAGAGUGUUGUCUGAUCUUAAAAGCUGCACCCCGAGGAGACAUUGCUUUCUCUAGCCUCCUAGGGAUUGAUUUACUGCGACCUUUUGCAUCAGAUCAAGCCCUGUCCCUGUGUCCUUGCUGUCAGCCCCUACCAGAGGCAUGCACAGAAGUUUACAAGUUUUUUUUCUAUAAGCUUUUGGAUAAUGUGAAGCUCUAGAUUAUGCAGUUGCUGUUGAGCACACUGCGGCGAUGUAACUUUUUUGGUGUAUAUGUAAUGAAGAGUGAAGAGAAUUUCCGAGAGACAAACGCUUAAAUACACACAGAAGCCAAAGCAUGAGGCAUAGUGUUAGUCUUGAGAUGGGCUACAUGAUUGUGAUGUAUAAAUUAAAAUCCUCUUAUCUGUUAAAUGCUGGGGAGGGGGGGGGGGAAUAUGACACACACACACAAAUCAAUUUCUAGCCUUGAUUCUGUACAGUAUUUAAAACUGAUGGAACUGUCUAUUGGGGCAAUGCUUAGAGGUGUGUUCCUUUUGCAGCUGUGAAUGCUUGGUUGCUUACAAUAUCUGUAUAAAGUAUUGUGUGAUUUUUUUACUUGCAAACUUUGUUUGGCUUAUCCAGAUGUAGUAAUAAAAGAGAGGAAGUGGCUUGCCAUUAUGUUUUUCCACUAUGAAUAAA